AUGUUUAAUCAUCUAGGGCUUUUCAAAGAUGUUCUUUGUCCUGAGGGCAGCCGCUGUGUGCUCCUGAAUUGCAUUUUCUCUCAUGCAGACAAAGAAUCCGUCCCUGUGCCUGUUGCUCCUUUGCCAGCUUCGACUCCUGUACCCGAGAACGUAGCUCCAGCUACUGCAGCGGACGAGGGACCUGUCCGAAAGCGAAGGCGAGUAGACGCUACAACUGAGACUAAACCUCCACUUCCAUCCAGUGUUAAAAAGGAAACAAGAUCAGAAAAUACACGAGAUGUGGUUGUGAGAGAACGUCAAGAAGAUGGAAAAUCAACUUACCACUUGUAUCGUGAAAAUGCUCAAACUCUACGAUCUGUAACAAAAGCAGUUUCCCCGCCUCCAGUUUCUCGUCGAUCAACAUCCGAGGUCACUCAAGGAAAGACACCCAUCUCAUCGCGCUCCGAAACCGUGAAGCCAACUGCUGUGAAAAAUGGGACAACUUCUCACCAGAGACAGGUGAAAAAGGAGCCGCUAAACCCGAGAACCAUUUCUAAAUCUCCUGCAUCGCAUUCAGUUCGCAUGGCCAUUCUUACCAAGCUGCAUAAUGCCAUGGUCAAGCUCAAUAAACAAGUUAUCGAAAAGGGCGAUCCGUCCAAGAAAACUCUGAUUUUGUCUGCUGAUGAGGUCGUGGCAAUGGCCUUAGAUGAAGAGGAAAAGGCAGCAAAGGACCAUUAUUCUGUAUAUGCCAACGUUAUCAAACUCCGUAUUACAAAACUCAUGAAGAUGACCAGAGAAGAGUGGGAAGACAACGUGACGAAAUAUAUUGUUACGAAAUUCGCCCUGCCAACAUCGGCAGCAGAGGAUUCUACUAAAAAGCUGGAGGAGGAUAUAUCCACGGGUCUGAGCACUCGAGAAGAAAUAGCCAUCCUUUCAAAGUUAAAUGCGUCUCAUGAAGUCCUACGCAAGGCUGGAUAUGUCACCACCCUUCCAACUAAUGGGGAAAUCGCAGAGGCCAAGCGCGGCGCCGAAGCAGCUCAGGGAUGGGAACUAUGCGAGCGCUGCAAUGGAAGAUUCCAAGUUUUCCCAGGCCGAAGGGAAGAUGGUCUUUUAGCUACUGGAGGGCCUUGCACGUAUCAUCACGCAAAACCAAUUCGACCACAGAAACAGAAAACAGACCUCAUUACUGGCCACAGGGAAUCAUACUACCCAUGCUGCAAGGAGACAGUUGGGACAUCUGCCGGAUGCACAAAAGCCGAAUGGCAUGUCUUCAAGGUAUCAGAGGUUAAACGCCUUGCUGCCAUUCUCCAGUUCAAGGAAACCCCCCGACAACCAAAUAAACCUACACCUCCCCCAGUAUGCUUUGACUGCGAAAUGGGUUAUACUACUCUAGGCCUUGAGCUCAUCCGUCUUACAGCUAUCUCAUGGCCACAAGGGGAAAAGGUCCUUGACAUUCUAGUAAAACCUAUCGGGGAAAUCCUAGACCUGAAUUCUCGCUAUUCUGGCGUCCGCCCAGAGCAUUUCGCCAACGCUACACCUUACAACGCCAAGAAACCGCCAUCAUCGUCCCAGCUUUCUUUUAUGGACAACAACAACCACAGCGGCAUCCCUCCAUCGCUCCCCGUCGUCGACUCCCCCCACGCUGCCCGUGCCCUCCUCUUCCAACACCUCCAACCUGAAACCCCUUUAAUCGGGCACGCGCUCGAAAACGACCUGAAAGCAUGCCGCAUCAUCCACCCCACCAUCGUCGACAGUGCACUGCUAUACCCACACCCGGGAGGUCUGCCAUACCGCUUUGGCCUGCGGGCACUAACGAGCAAAUUCCUUGGUCGCCAUAUACAGACUCACGGCGGCGAGAUGGGGCAUGAUUCUAUGGAGGAUGCGAAGGCGACGGGCGACUUGGUUAGGGUUAAGGUGAGGGAGACGUGGGGGGCGUUGAAGAGGGCUGGGUAUUCGUUUGAGAAUGGGAAGUUAGUGGAGCCGCAUGAAAGUGGGGCGGUACUGGGGUGA